AUGAAGAAGAAAAACGCUGCUUUGUUCGAGUUGCCACCUAAGUGCCCAGCACUAGCUGAUAAGAUCAGUGGUAUCUUCGGUUGGCGGCACACUUAUCAGGUGCACCAGCGCCAGAAGGGAAUACCUCAUGGCAAUCAGUACAUAUGCAAGAGUUACUCGCUUAAUCUGCCCCGGAAGGGUGGGGUCAGUGUUGAUGGCUGUGGUAGGCAGCUGUCAGAGAUGACGGUUUUUGCUACAUUACCAUCAGGUAUCGUUAGAAGCAGCAGCAGCGACCGAAGGCAGAUAUACCCAAAAUCGGACCCACCUACCUUCGAAAGAGUAAGCAAUCCAGACUCAUGGGUUGUGGUGCACCAUUUGCAGUCACAGUCGGGAAUCCUGGACCCAGAAGACUAUAUCAGAGAUGUGGCGGAUGAUCGUGAGGAAAUCAUUGCCAGCUAUGAGGACGCCGCUGGUCCCGACCCGGGCGUGCAACAAGGAGGUGGCGAUGGAGCUAGUGGUAGCUCUGUUGGCACAGGAAGUCCAGACAUUUUUCAAGUUGGUGGUGGAAGCGGCGAACCAAUUAUUGCUGUAGAAGGAUCUGGAGUAACAGGAGUUGGUGAUGGAGUUGAAAGAGGAGGAAGACUGGCGGUAGGCAAUAGUAAUGUGGGAGGAACGAAUGGUAUUGUUGGCGCAGAAAAGCACGUCGUCAAUGUGACUGAUGCGUCUCAAUCAAAUUGCGCUGGCAGUGUUGGUUUGACGGUGACUUCAAGCUCAUCUGGAACGCACAUUUCUACGAUCAACUGCUCGUCUGGUGUUUCUUCAAGUGCUUGUGGUGGUGCUGGAUCAUGCAUCGAGGUAUCUGCCAACGAGACUUCUCUCUUGGGGCUCGGUUUGCAGGUUCGUCGCGGUAGUGAACCAUCAUUACACCAGAUUAAUGUCACCGAUCAGCGAAGUCCGCUGUACAACUUGAACUCUAACGGCCACGAUCAAGAGACGACCAAGCGGUGGUCAGCUGCUCCUGUGUGUCGCAGUGACGAUGCGUCAUCCCAUCUGUCAGCCACCGGUGGUUCCUACUUAGUGUCCCCUGAAUGGAACGUGCCAGAGGAAGAUUCGUCAAACUCUUCGCCACCACCGCCACAGCCAUCUUUCAAUCGAUCUGGUCGACUGUCGAUGCAGUUUCUCGGGACGGAGGCAACUGCCAGUGGCUACCGGUGGAUAGAGGCAGCCGAAAAGGCGGCAAACAAUAACUACCAGCAUCACCAGCUUCAGUCAUCUCCAUCCUAUCAUUAUCAGCAAACGCAGCAACAUUAUCAUCAUCAGCACCAACAAAACUACAGUCAUCCAGCGCUUGACAAUUGCAAUGGCGGCAGCAGUGUUAAUAACUGUUUUAGUUCCAAAUCGUUGCCGCGCGAGUCAACGCGCAAGGAGCCGCUUGGCCAAGCGAAAGCAUCCGUCUACGAUUCAAUGCGAGAAAAGGAAAGUGAAAUGCUACUGGUAGUGAAUGAAGCGGGUGGCCCGCUUGGAUUGACGGCGAUUCCGGACACGGAGCGCGGAGGACUACUGGUACAGAGUGUGGAGCCAGGUAGUCGGGCAGAACGCGGACGGUUGCGACGCGGAGAUCGCAUACUGGAAAUCAAUAGUACCAAACUUGUCGGGCUUCCGGAAGGUUCUGUGCAAGAGCAUCUUCGGAAGAGCCUUGCCUCGACUGAGCUACGCUUGCGGGUGGUACGAAACAAGAUUGGCCAAAGAGAAGGGUCUGAUAGAAGUGGUGGUGGAGAAAUUGGUUCGUUUGGAACAUUCGGCCGGCUGGUGACCGGUAGCAGUGGAUCACGGUAUCAACGACGAAUGAAUAACAGCAGCGAGAGAGAGGCUGCUAAAUCACAAAUGAUCGACACAACUGAUGAGCCAGUGGCAACAAAGGUAGCAACAGUAUCGCCGAACCGAAAGACACCGGGUAGUGGCCAAUCCACUGCUACGGUUAGCUUACUACAAGCCGCGAAUACCCGCAAGCUCGGCAAACGUAUCGAAAUCACGCUUACCAAGGGGGACCACGGGCUUGGUUUCUCGGUAACAACACGUGAUAAUCCGGCCGGUGGUCACUGUCCGAUCUAUAUUAAAAACAUCCUGCCAAAGGGGGCUGCCGUUGAGGAUGGACGCCUCAAGUCUGGCGAUCGCCUGCUCGAGGUUGAAGGCGUCCCUAUGACGGGUAAAUCUCAGACGGAAGUCGUAUCGAUACUUCGUGGCAUACCGCACGGAGCUACUCUUACGUUCGUUGUAUCUCGCCAACAAGAGUUAGCAGUUGAUUGUAAGGAGCGUGAAAUUGGCUUCAGCAUUGAAACUGAACCAAAGAAUUCACCGCCAAAACCGCCAGCGCCAGUGAUGCCAAAAUCGUCGCUGAAACAACACUCAACCUCUGUGGCACGAGUUGGAGAAGUGAACGGUGCUGGUAGAGGCAGUAACAACAGCGUUUCCAACUCUUUCGAUGCUACCGCAGAGCGAAGCACCCGAGGAAGCAAUUAUCGAUCGCUACCGAAGCUUGGCGCCGGAGCUAGCGCAGCGUCUUCUACGGCGUCACACAAAACCCCGACUGUACAGAAACGACCAUUGGCCUCUAUUCUCAAAUCGGCCUCCACCAAUCAGGUAGCCGAGCUACUGCAGCAACAACAAGAGUCGCUACUUGGCGAUAUUGGAGAAAAUGGCAACGGCAGUGGCAAAGGAAAUAUGACAGUCUGUGCCAACACUAAUGGGUAUUUCGGCAAUGGGUCAUUGGUCGGAGCGGCGUGGAAAAACCGUGAAAUUCUAACGCUUCACAUCCCUGUGCACGACACAGAAAAAGCGGGACUAGGUGUGAGCGUUAAAGGAAAGACAGGCUCGUCUGGAAGUGGCAGCGUGGGUAACAGUAGUAACAGCAAUAGCUCAACAACGAAUGGCAACAAUCGAACGGACGGUGAUCUUGGAAUCUUUGUAAAGAGUGUCCUACACGGGGGAGCCGCUAGCCGAGAUGGUCGUCUCAAGAUGAACGAUCAGUUGAUGAGCGUGAAUGGCGUUUCUCUUCUUGGUCAAUCAAACGCCGAAGCAAUGGAUACGCUUCGGCGUGCAAUGCUGCAAUCUGGUGGUAGCUAUCCAGGGAAGAUUAUUUUGACUGUAGCGCGACGCAUCGGACGCCCAGUAAGCACUGGUGAACUUCUCGAUGCGAUGGAGUUUCGCACGAUGGUCAGCAACAAUGAGCAACUAGAAUCUGGCAAUGGGGGUACUACAGUUAUCUACCUUAGCCAGGACAACCAGCAUCAGCCUCAAAAGAAUUCGUCUGAUGAGAAGCAACAAGCAAAACGCUACAGUAAUCCAGUUCUCGAUAGGUUAACGGGCGGUGUUGGCUCUGGAGAUGGCGUAGGAGUCGACAGCACCAACCAAAGUUUGAUGCAAAAACAGAACUACCAACCAUUGCAUUUGGGCAGCUUAAAUAGUGUCAAUGGUAGUCACAAUACUCCGUAUAAUCAUUCUUCGCUGAACCAAAGAGUGCUGCUACAUAGAGGUGCAGGUGCAGGAGCACUUCGGAACGAAAGCUACUAUAUGGCGACCAACGACCAUUGGAGUACAACCUCUUCCGCUACUAGUCUCAAUGGAAGUAACGCAGCGGUACUUAUUGAAGAAGAUCCGGAACCUAAUUCGCCCACCUUCCAAUUGAUGAUCGGUCGGGCAAAUGUGGAAGGUGGUGGAAAAACUCCUGCUGGCGACGGAAGUACAUCCACACCAAUCGGUAGUAGUGCUGGAACGAAGGGAGAUACAACUUAUGCCAGCCAAUUAUCUCUUGAGACAAACCCGCCGACGGCCGAUGCUUUUAGUCGCGAUGCGAUCGGCCGUCGUUCAAUGUCGGAGAAGCAUCACGCGGCGAUGGAUGCACGCGAAACUGGAACCUAUCAACGUAAUAAGAAAUUACGAGAGGAGCGUGAAAGAGAUAGCCAGUUGCUGCUGAUCGGCAGCGGUACCGGUGGAAGUGGAUCGAUGGAAUCAAUCUCUCAUGUGGCACGAAUGAACGGUUUGAAAUAUAGUGGUGCAGUUGGAGGCACAGUCGGUUUGAAUUCGAUAGUUACGACUGUAACAUCCGCUGCACAUCAACAACAACAGCAUCAGGCCCUAUAUGCCGAGGCCCAGGAUCAGCUAAGCGAUCUUGGUCCAUCGCUCGGUAUGAAGAAAUCUUCUAGCCUCGAGUCCCUGCAGACUAUGGUGCAGGAGAUACAGAUGGCAGACGAACCACGAGGACCAAAUGCGUUGCGUACACCGCGAGGCCGUGGACGCGAGGAGAUUUUACGGGCUGUAGUCGAGCAACCCCCCGAAACGCAAGCCAAGAAGCACUGGCUACUGGAGGACGCAUCGAUGGCCAUUUCCACCGUCGGUGUGGAGCAUCCAGAUGGUGGUUUUGCGGUUACGCGCAACAGUCCCUUCCAAUCGUCGUUGAACGAUGGCAAAGGGGUGAAACUGCGAACGAAAAAGGGUGGUGGUUUGCUCCGCGGUAUCGGCCACAUGUUCCGCUUUGGCAAACACCGCAAGGAUGGCAUCAUGCCCAGCAGUGCUACCAACGAUGUAAUUGUUGUCGAUUACACAGGUUCUACGCCCUCGUCGGCUUCAACUGCUUGGAAUGGAGCAGGAAAAAGUGGAUGUGCUGGAAGUAAUAACAUUCCCAUUAAUGUAGCGGAUGUGGGUAGCAGUGGUGGAUCAAAGGGAAUAGGUGGUGCGAAUGUCGGAAAUAAUGGAAGCAACAACGGUACGGAUACCGGAAUAUCCAGUACUGCGCCAGUUGCUGUUACUUCCCGGUACAUUGUGUACGAGCCGAAUUCGGUGGAACGAUCUGCUUCUUCUGGAAUCAUGUACGGUCAUCAGCCACCACACUAUCAACCUCCUCCCCCGCCACCCGUAGGGACCACAACUUCUAUCCAUCACACGGACGUAUUUAACCAUCGUUAUUCGCACUACGUAAAUUACGAGGAACUUCAACAACAGAUCAGUCGACGACAUCAUCACUACCACUCGCAGCGUUCGGCUCGCAACAAUCCGCUUUUUGAUGACCAACAACAACUGCAAUCUCUUCAUCAUCACAAUGUCGCUAACGCACCGCAGAACCAGAGCCUACCGCAACAAAAGUAUAAGAAUACCCGUCCCGUUUCGAGUUACUACGAUGGUCUUGGUGGAGGCUAUGAAACAAUUCCUUACAAUGGUUCUUUAGCCAUCUCCAAGGGCAGUAAUAAUAAUAGUUGCAGCUCACACCGUAAAGGAGGAUCGUCCAUCAGUAACAACGCUGCACUUACAGUAUCGUCUACCAGUAAUGGCAGUAAACAACAGGAAGGGACAACAAGUAACAAUAAUCAUCGUCAGCACCACCACCAACAACAGCAUCAUACUAGCGACUGGCGUUCUGGGGCAUCUGUAGCUUCAACAACCACCACUGCACCCGGUGGUACCGGUGGUGGAUCCAUGCGCAAUCUACGUGGACCAUUCGUGACACAGGUGCAAAUACAGAAUCAGAUAUCUUACGAAUAAAGAAGAGUAAUCCGAAGAAACAUUCCUAGACUACCUAACCUAACGACAAAAACCUCUCGGAGAUGUUCUCCAUACGAUCAUUUUCGGCGCAGCUACUUUUCGAUUUGGAUACCGUCUUUACGAAGAGAAGAGAGGAAGCAUUUUCGGUGUAUGAUUCGUAUUUUGAAACAAGCUAACAAAACUGAGCUCAAAAAACAAAUGCGAAUAGUAAGAAAUGUAAUAUGGUCAAACCGGAAAAUUUUUAAAUUUCAAAAUCCAAUUGUUUUCUUCUAUGCCCAUGAUGCCCAUUGACGGGAGCAUUAUAUCAUUCCUCUGUGAAUUUUGUACUUUACUAAUAUUUCUAAGUUUUACAUUGUAAUAUCUAGCACAUUUCUCAACUUAUUAGAACAUGCCUCACUAUCUUAGUGCAGUUAAAUGCAUUAGUUAG